CCAGGAUGUCAACAAACCCGCCGAUGUAAACACAGCCGCUGCCAGGCGUGUGGGGGCGGCACGGGGAGCAAAGACUGGAGAAGAGGAGGGAAAGUAGGAGAAAAAGAAGAAAAAGUCGGAGAUGAAGGAAGAAGCGGAAGAGGCUGCAUGUGCAUAAAAUAUUGAAGAAAAGUAAAAGAAAUCGAAGACUAAGAAGGAAAGAUGAGACUGCAUGUGUCCUGAACAGCCACACACACACACACACAUUAUUAUUAUUGACAUCCACGGAAGGGCAGCAAAGGAACUCUGAAAAACUGUUCAAACUUUAGCCAGUCUGACCACCACCACCACCACCAUGGACAAAGAGAAAGAGACAAAGACAGACGUGGACAGGUUCAAGGAUGUCUUCAAGUACUACAAGAGGAGACAACCGCCACCAGACCUGAGUCAGGCCAUUGAUGUCGACUCAUUAAGUGAGGUCACAGUGUUGCCAGCUCCCACAGUGUCAGAGGAGGACCAGCGGGCAGCACAGGUGUCAGGACUCAUGCCCCCACACACCUGGGCCAUCCACUCCCUCGUUAGGCACCCAGGCCUGUUAGUGGUACGGAACCCCUUCACCCGCGCCGGGCAGUUGGCGUGGGCACGGCGUUGCCUGUGUGAGCUGCCCUGUGCCACCAACGAGACCAACCUGGCCUCACAUGGCAUACACCUCACCCCCGACAGGACCUGGUGGAGCCUCUGUCGCAUGAGUGAGGGCCGCAGGGGUGGGCUGAGGCACAAGCUGCGUUGGGUCACUCUCGGCUACCACCACAACUGGGACACCAAGGAAUACAGCGAGGAGAGCCGAGGAGAGAUGCCUGAGAGCCUGGUGGAGCUGUGUGGGGUGGUGGCGAGGGUGCUGGGGCUGGGGGAGGGGGAAGGUGCGGGAGUGAAGGAGGUGUUCCGAGCGCAGGCAGCCAUCAUCAACUACUACCAUAAUGCCUUUGGCCCACACACUGACCACUCCGAACCAUAUGUUACCGCACCUUUGCUCUCGUUCAGUUUCGGGCAGAGCGCAAUCUUCCUCAUCGGUGGGCAGACCAAGGCAAGCAAACCAAGUGCUGUUUUGCUACACAGCGGGGACUUGGUGGUGAUGUCCGGACCCUCCAGACUCUGCUACCAUGCCGUCCCGCGGAUACUGCCCAGGGAGGAGUGGAGGAGGGCCAGGAGGAUGAGGAGGAAGAAGGAGGAGGAGGUGGAAGAGGAGGAGCCAUGGUUAACUGAAUCUUGUGGACUUGGAAAUGAAGAUAAAAAUGAAGAUAUGAAUAGAAGAAAAGAGGAAAGUGAAGGUAAGAAGAGAAAUGAAGAAGGAAUGGAGGAAGAUGAAGAAGAUAAAGGGAAGAACAAAGAGAAUAAAGAUAAAAAGGAUAUGAAGAGAAGGAAUGAGGAAAUAGGAAGAGAUAAGAUUGAGGAAGAUGAGAGAGAGAAAGAAGAGGAGAGAAAAGAAAGGGAAGAAAUGGAAGUCGAAAUAAAGAGCGAAGAGAAAGAAGAUAAAGAGAGGAAGAAGAAGAAUGAAAACAAAGAAUGCCAACAGGAAGAAUUGAUAAAGGAAAAGAAGAGCGAAAGAGAGGAAGAAGAGGAGGAUGAAGCAGAAGAACCAAUAAAGAGGAGGAGGAAGACAGAAGAAGAAGAGGAACAAGGAAACAAAGGGAAAAAGAAGGAUGAUAAUGGUGAAAACAAUGAAAAUAAUGAUAAGAGUAUAAACAAGGAAAACAGUGAUAGAAGUAAUGAAAACAAUGAUAUAGAAAACAGGGAUAAUGAUGAUGAUGAUGACGAUGAUACAGCAGACAUCCUAGAGUACCUUCGUGAGUGUAGGAUUAACAUGAAUGUCCGACAAGUCCUUCCCCCUGAUAAGGACUCCCUCCCUUCAUGACAGGACCCAAAGGAAUAAAAUAAAGGAGUUAAAUAAUGUGGGAGUUCACUGUAUUC